GACAAUGUACCAAAGUACCUUGCCCCAGAUCCCGCCUCCAUGUCCAUUGAUUAUAAGGAUCCUGCCCUUUCAGUUUAGUUGCCUUCAAACACGUUUAUAUGCAACCCCCUUCACCCUCUUAUCCGAGCGAAUAUUUCUUCACCUAACGAUAUGGAAUAUACCUAGAACAUCACACACAGGCAUCUCAUCUCCACCGUCUCCACUCGGUUCACGAUUGGCAAAUCGGUCCUCUCAACGAAUGUUAAGGUUUAUCACGAAGCCGCUCGAUGUUACAUUGAAUAAGUGACCCACGAUCGCAGAAAAGAUAAGCUGAACAUAGCAACGUUGAGCAUAGCGGUACCCCCGAAACGGACCGAAACCUAUUCUUCAAAGACGCAAAUAACUUUUACUGCUUCUUGUUGAACAACACAACAUUGAAAGAGGUCGGAAAAUUACAUUCGAAAUGCCCGGAAUCUUGCCUAUGAAGAUUAUAAAGGUGGGCUCGUCGAGCUCACAGAGUCGGAUUGCCCAGGCGUGCGAUAGGUGCCGAAGCAAGAAGAUCCGGUGCGAUGGCAUUCGACCAUGUUGUUCACAAUGUUCUGGCGUUGGGUUCGAAUGUAAAACGAGCGAUAAAUUGAGUCGACGAGCAUUUCCUAGAGGAUAUACUGAGUCUUUGGAGGAGAGAGUUCGUACACUGGAGGGGGAGAUUAGGGAAAUGAAGGAAUUGCUGGAUGGCAAGGACGAGAAGAUAGAGAUGCUUUCGAAAAUGCACGAUAAUCGACGCCCUUCACUUUCUUCAACGGCAACUUCACCUCCUGUCGAAAGUCGAAAAGAGUCAUCGCCUCCGAGGGAGGAUAUGUUCAAGGUCCAAGCUUCACCCCAUUUAUUGGAAGGCGAUCAUUCUAAUCCAUAUUUCAUGGGAGCAUCAAGUGGGAGAAGUUUUGUCGAUAUCUGCAAGCGUAAAAUCCAAGACAGCAUCAAAUCUUCCGUAGGGUUUGACGUGGAAGCAUUUUUGAACCCUCAAAAUGAAUCCACCUCGUUAUCAUCAAUUACACCGGCCCCGAGCGUCGCACCCCCACGCUUAUUCUCAGACCAAUGUGUGAAUGUCUUUUUUCAAGAAUGGGCACCACUAUUCCCCGUCAUACACAAGCAUACUUUCUUGCCUCUGUAUGACGAAUAUUCAUCGAAUCCGAAUCAAGUGAAAGACCAACAUAAAUUGGCUCAGUUGCACCUUGUCUUUGGUAUCGCGGGACUCUCCACCGACUGUCCCGACAAAGAACAAAUAUCAUUAUGUGAGAACCAAUGGCGGACAGCUCUCAACAAUGUUUUGAUGGAGAACAACAUAUCGACACUUCAAUGUUUGAUUCUGGCGCUUAUUUAUUGCAUUCAAAAGGGAGACUACAAUAGCCUACAGCAUUACAAAGGAAUCGCUGUUGGUCUUUCUCACCGACUUGGUUUACAUCAAAGUCAGAAGCGAUUCUCCUUUGAUUUAUUGGCUGCUGAGACGAGAAAGAGGGUUUUUUGGACUUUGUAUACUGUUGAUUGCUUUUCUGCUUCCCUCAUUGGCCUCCCUAAAUUGUUAAGGGAAGACGAUAUCUACGCGGAGUAUCCCUCAGAUAUAGAUGAUGAACAUAUGAAUGAGAAAGGAUUUCAAUCCAUGCCUCCAGGGGAACCUACCAGGAUUUCUAGUGCUCUUGCUCUGUUCCGAUGCUCACGCAUCCUGUCUAAAGUCUUGGAGCAAAUUUAUCCCUCGGCUACAACUCACGAUUUAUCGUUGCAAACCCUUUUUGCUCUGGCGGCCGAAUUGAAUGAAUGGUCUGAUAAUCUACCAAGUCAUUUGAAGCUUACAUUCGUGCAAGAUAAACCGUCAACAGAUAUUACAGGCAGUCGAUCAGCUUUGUUGUCUCUUGCGUUUUAUUACAUUCGAUCAUUGAUUCACCGCCCUGCUAUUGGUUCCUCCCUUGGACCUAAAACUUCGCCAUCCGUCAUUUCCUUGGCUGAUUCCAGCAAACAUCUCAUACAAAUCACGCAGCUCCUUGAAGAAAGAAAUAUGGCUUUCUCAUUCUGCAUAAAUAAAAACGCAAUGCUUACGUUAUGUGGCCUAAGCCUUCUGUAUCAAGGUCUCGAUAUUAAACAGGAAGGGAAGUUGAUGCAAGAAAGUCAACGACUCAUCAAAACCGUAAUCAGAUUUCUAGAAAAGGCCAACGCUCCUGGUGCAGCCGACUUCAAGAAACUUGCGUCAUCUCUAAUUACUCUGGAUAGCCAAAGUCUUGACUACAGAACCAAGUCGGCACUGUUACGCACUUCUUCCUCCAUGUCUGCCCCAAAAAGUUCAAAGUCAACACCAUCGUCCGGCGUCGUUCCAAGAAAAAAUAACCGACAGCAACACCCAUACACCCAUAUCAGUGCUAGCAUGAGCGAGAAUGACAUAUUAGCACAACAAGAGAAGCUUCGACGAUCUACAUUACCAAAUAUAUACCAUCAUGCUUCACAAAUUCAGGCAUCGGCUCGAUCAUCCUAUGACGAAACAAAUUCCGAUUCUCCGAUAACCAAACGGCAAAAUCGUAGCUCCCUUUCCCAACUAUCAAAGCCUCGAUAUAACACAAAUGCAAAAGCACCAAAUUUGGAUUAUUUAUCCUUGAGUAAUACGCCAAUUACUUCACAACAACCUUCACCAACGAUUUCACGUACAGCUCCUCCAGGCCCAAGUUCUCAUAACUCUCACCUAAUGUACAGCAAGAUUGAUAAUCAACAAAGCGAGUGGGCUAUCCUCGCUUCCUUGGAAAGUGGUGAAAGCAACAUUCACAGUGCUAUCUAUGGUGGGCCACCGCCCAGUCUUUCGGAAACAACUCAAAGUGCUCCUUCAAACUCGAGUUAUGAGGAUUGGACUUCUAGUACCUUCUGGCACGAUAUGACUGCGAAUACUCACGAUCCCUUGACAAAUCCCGCGCCUGCACAGAGUGUAUUGAGUUUUAGUGGGGAGAGUCAUAGCUCUGGUGACGAACUGUCCACUAGUGAUCUUGGAAUGCGCGGAAAUAUUCAGUACUUACACGAGUCUUUGCCACAUUGUGAUGAUUAUAUACUUCAGCUCAUGCAGUACUAAACAUUCGUCUUUUUUUAAUGCCCCUGGCGUCUUGGUAGUCUUAUUAUGGUUAUGGGAGAGGUUAUGCUGUGUUGUUGUGUCUUGAGAAUACCCAUAUGAUUUUCAGAUUGGCGUUCAAAUAUGUGGGAGGGCAAGAUAUACAAUUUGAUAUUGUGGAUAGGCUAGCGUGGCAUGGGCUGGAGCGGUGGUCGUCGAGGCGUUGAUAGUUGAUAACCUACGUUCGUUCCCACCCGGCGUACUUAUUAUACGCAUAUGCUAUUUUUAACUUUGAUAGAUAGAUACUUAGAAGCUAUAUAUAAAUAUAAACUAAAAUUAAGCCA